GUUCCCCUUUAAGGCAAACCGGCUAAUGCGUACUUUCGCUUAGGUUUGAUUUUUGGUGAUUUACGGUUUCCCUCCCCGGCGGUGCCGAAUGUGCGGCGGCGAAUCGGCCGGCAGGUAAACAGCGUCCCGUCAUGGCGGCGGGGGGCCUGGCGGGGCUCCUGCCCGCCCAGACCCAGCUGGAGUACGCCCUGCUCGACGCCGACACUCCCCAGGAGAAGGAGAACUUGGUCUACCAGUACCUGAAGAAGAUGGACAGCCGGGAGCGGGACCUAACGGUGCCCGAGCUCGGCGGAGAUCUACAAUGGUUAAACACUGAAGGUCCUAUUUCUCUUCACAAAGACCUUUGUGGAAAAGUUGUGGUGUUGGAUUUCUUUACUUACUGCUGCAUCAAUUGCUUGCACCUGCUGCCUGAUCUCCACGCAUUAGAGCACCAGUACUCUGAUAAAGAUGGUCUUGUUAUUGUUGGUGUCCAUUCAGCGAAAUUCCCCAAUGAAAAAGUUCUGGAUAACAUUAAAAGUGCCAUUCUGAGGUAUAAUAUUGUCCACCCUGUAGUGAACGAUGCAGAGGCAACACUGUGGCAUGAACUAGAAGUGUCCUGCUGGCCAACUCUGGUCAUUCUUGGGCCUCGUGGAAACAUGCUGUUUUCGCUUGUUGGGGAGGGACACAGAGAGAAGUUGUUUUUAUUUACUUCUAUAACAUUGAAAUUCUACAAGGAGAGAGGACAAAUCAAAGAUAACAGCAUUGGAAUAAAGCUCUACAGAGACUCCCUCCCGCCUUCUCCCCUGCUGUUUCCUGGCAAAGUGACCUUAGAUAGUUCAGGAGAAAGGCUGGUCAUAGCAGACACUGGACAUCACAGGAUUUUGGUUACUCGAAAAAAUGGAGAAAUUCUACACAUCAUUGGAGGUCCAAACAGUGGAAGGAGAGAUGGAAGAUUUUCAGAGGCAGCUUUCAACUCACCACAAGGGAUCGCUAUAAAAAAUAAUGUUAUUUAUGUAGCUGAUACAGAAAAUCACCUAAUUAGAAAGAUUGACCUGGAAUUAGAGAUGGUGAGCACUGUAGCAGGCAUUGGGAUACAAGGUGUUGAUAAGGAAGGUGGAGCAAAAGGAGAAGAACAGCCUAUCAGCUCUCCGUGGGAUGUGGUCUUCGGAAAUUCAAUUUCAGGGACCCAGGAAGACGAUGUUUUAUGGAUAGCAAUGGCAGGCACUCAUCAGGUGUGGGCAUUGAUGUUGGAAGGUGGAAAACUACCAAAGGGAAGCAAUUUGAAGAAAGGGGUCUGCCUGCGUUUCGCUGGGAGCGGAAAUGAGGAGAACAGAAACAACGCGUACCCGCACAAGGCGGGCUUUGCCCAGCCCUCGGGUCUCUCGCUGGCUCCCGAGGAACCCUGGAACUGCCUCUUUGUCGCAGACAGCGAGAGCAGCACCGUGAGGACCAUCUCCCUGAAAGACGGAGCGGUGAAGCACCUUGUAGGAGGAGAGAGAGAUCCAUUGAAUUUGUUUGCCUUUGGUGAUGUGGAUGGAGCGGGCAUUAAUGCAAAGCUGCAGCAUCCCUUAGGAGUGACAUGGGACAAGAAGAGAAAACUGCUCUAUGUGGCAGAUUCCUAUAAUCAUAAGAUUAAGGUUGUAGAUCCCAAGAUGAAGAACUGUGCUACGCUGGCGGGCACAGGAGAGGCAGGAAAUGUUAUUGGUUCCAGCUUCACACAGUCAACUUUUAACGAACCAGGGGGUUUGUGUGUGGAAGAAAAUGGCCGCUUGAUGUACGUCGCAGACACAAAUAAUCAUCAGAUUAAAGUGCUGGAUUUGGAAACAAAAAUUCUUUCCAUGUUGCCUAUCCUGAAUCCUGAAGCAUGUGAUGUUCCAGAUAACCUUCCUCUGCAAAAGGAUAAAAUAAAAAGCCUUCCAAAGCUGCCUAAAUCUGCACCAAACAUUCAGCUUCCUUCACUAACUGUGGCUCCUGGCCAGACAAUUCAGUUUUUAUUGAAGUUGACUCUUCCUCCAGAUUCAAAACUGAAUGAAGAAGCACCCAAUUCCUGGUUUAUCACCGCAGAAGAUAACACCUGGUUGCUUCAAGGACAGUGUCCGUCUGGAGAAAUAAAGGAUGUUUCUUGUCAAACUGUCAUUCCCUUUCAGUUACCCGGGCACUGUCUCUCGGCUGAGGCUCUCCUGGCUGUCAGAGCGUGCCUCUACUACUGCAGCGCAGGGAGCAGUGCCUGUAUGAUGGCAGGGGUCUCCUUCAGCCAGCCUUUACACAUCGCUGGUGCAAACCAAGGCAACUUGACUCAAGUUGAACUGAUCCACACCUUUUUAACCAACUAACCCAAAGGCAGCUCACGUCACGCUUUAUUUUACUCUCCGCUGUUUCUGCAGGAGGAGAUACGAGUAGAUAAUUGUCUGUCUUCUGACAAAGCUAAGAAAUAAUAUACUUGGUAAAAUGAAGUAGAGUUCCCUACAGCUUUCUGUGGAAAUUUUAUCACCACAACCUCAUUUCUUUUCAUUACAGUAGCAGCAAUAAUAUUGUAAUACACUAGACUCUGUUGCCAGUUGUGGAUACGUUGGAUGGAUGCCAUUCUAAGCAAUGAGCAACAACUUUGAGAGUCCUUUGGAAAGAGCUGGUGUUACUUUGUGAUGUUACUGUAAGAAGUUCUUUGCACUGCACACACUGUUAGAAUAGCUAGAUCAUUUUUGGACUAACACUUACAAAUUCCUUUUGUGCCCUUAUUAAAUUUUAAUAGAAUGUCAGAACAAAUAGUUUCUUUCUCUAGGUUGCAAAAGAAAUGUCUUGCUUAUUUUUCUGUGAUGGCAUUUGACACGUAUUUUGAAAAUACAUCUUAAACUAGGUGCAGCUCUAAUUUUAUGCAAACUGAGUGUUUUGCUUAACUAGAUACGACUGCCUUAUGUGAAGAGCAGAGUUUCAUGGAAGAAUUUCUGUGAAAUGAAGUGUUCAAGUUCCUACAGAAGGAUUUCAUGGUGAUUUCUAGCAAAGAAUGUGCCUCUCUAAUCUGUACAUAUAUAUAAAGUAAAAAACCCACAAAACCAUGCUGGAGUUUUUCUGAUACGUACCAAUUUACAUUUUGUAGUAAGUGGUAGAUAAUGGUUGAAUAUCUAAACUGCAAAAAUUAAAUGUCAACCAUUUCAAGCACAGUGAAUCACUUCCCUUUCCUACUAUUAUGAUUUCUCUGUAAAGACUUGUCUGAAGACUUCUGUCUUGCAAAUACAUAAUAUUAAGAAUAAUAUUAAGAAUAAUAUUAUACUCUUGAAGUCUGAUUCAGAGUCUUUUGAAGUCACUGUUAGUCCCCCGGUUUGUAAUAGCGGCCGCUGAACCAGAACAAUAUAUUUAAUAAUGGAUUAUUUACAUUCAUAUGUAAAGGUUAUGGACCUUUGCUAGAAAACUGGUAACCUAAUCUUUGAGUAAGGUGUUUUAAAACCAUAUUACAGAACAACCUUUGGUGGUUAAGUGUUUUGCAAGUAAAAUUCCUUCAAUUUGCCAUUGUAAGUAGCAGGAAUACAGGAGAGAAUGCAAGUUUUUUACUUGAACUGGAAGAGUUUUCACAGUUCUUAAGUGGAGUUGGAUUAGGCUCCGUGCUCUGAGAAGAUGAUUUUAAGUUUGAAGUUAGUAUUUUUACAUAUAUUAGAAAGUACAGUAAGGAAAGAAUUUUUAUAUAGUCGUUUCUAAAACAAUCACCAUUGUUCCUGACACCUGUCAGUAAAUCCCCAGCAUGAUUUGUUGUUGCUCUUUAUUACUUAAAGGCUGACUGAAAUGUUGGUCAUGAACCCAAGAGGCUUUUGUUUUAAGGGAACCAUAUGGACUGGUGUGGUUUUUCCUUCCAUUGAAAUGCCAGUCUAUCUGCGAGGUCUCUGCAGUACCAGAAAUGGUUAUUAUCUCACCUGUCAGCAAGGCAAGGGCUGAACUAUUAUUUUUCUUGUGUUUGUUUUUAAAGCAACUUUUCUAAUUCAGUGUUUCAGCACCUUUGGUUAACCCUCUCAGUUCUUACAUGCCAUUUUGAAGAAGGAGAAAGUUUUGCUACUUUGAUCACAGAUUGCAAAUGCUACUGGAAGUAUGAAAGUAAAGAAACCAAUUUGGGCAUUUAUCAUGUUUUAGAUUUUAGUACAACUCACUCCUUCAAAAUUUUUUUGGUAUUUUUUAACUUUGGAUUGUAUCCAGGAAACUUUAGAUAAGCUUCCAGCUAACUCACAAAUUUUCUGUUGCUUACUGAACAAAACAAGCAUUAGUUACAGAAGUUUAGAAUAGUGGACUAAGCUCUUACAGUUAUCUUGAAAAUAUAAUUCAGCAAAUGGAUUUUUUCCCCCUCUCAUUUUCAACUAGAAUGACAUUGUAUUUGUCUAUCUCAAUUUGAUGAGAUCAUGAAGUUCUGCCUGAAUUCCAUUAUUCCAAAAAAAAAAGGUCAACAAAUCUGUUUUCUUAUUGACACUUUUUAAUUACUGUAUUGCUGUGGGGAAAAGACCAUGUAUUCCUAACUUUAUUUAACUAUAGAGUGUAAUGUUUAAAUAUGGUAUUGUAGAUAUGUUUUUUCUAACUAAAUAUGUAAAUACAAAAGUGUGUUUAUGUCAUAUCCUUCUUGGUUUCAAGUUUUGACUUUUAGUAACUGUGUGUAGACACACUCAGAAGCUCUAAAAGCUUAUUGGGAGAGGGUGAUAGUAGGUAGUAGGAAAACCGUUACACAAACAUGAAGCUGAAAUCGAGGAUCAAGCUGUAGCCAAAUUUUACACGAUUAUAUUUCAAGGGAAAUAGUUUCAGCUUUACUAGUGGAGAACAGGAAUGUAUCUGUUUGAACCCAUUUUUUCUUUAAGUCCGUGUCUUGUGGCAGAUGACUGAAUCUUAUAGAAAUUAGGGGAGUGGGGGGUGGUAUACUAUAUCUGUGCUACCAUUACUCUUUCUACAAAACCUCAGAGCAUUUCUGCUACUGCACCAUAAUGGCUUUAUGCUAAAGGAGAGGCAGAAGGUGUGAUACCAUCUCAAAAAGACACACAGACCACUAUUUACAAGGAAAGACUGUAUAUCCCAAAACGCUUUCCCCCCCAUAUGCAGUAAGUCCUAACCCCUUUUAGGCAAGAACCCUUUUAGUUUUCACUGGAGAUCUGCUUUUCCUGACUCACUUUAGUGGGUUUCACACAGGGACACUGCUCCGAUUGUUCUCUUUCAUCAUCUUAGGAGCAUUUCAUUCUCAGUGUGCUCCAGCUCUCGCUGAUGAGGUUACUGGGGUUCCUCUGCUCCUCGCGCAGUCUGUGUGUUCACUGGCAUUUAAUACUAUGUUUUGUUUGUCCAAGAAAUAGCAUACACAUUCCUGGAGUCAUUCCUUCUGUUUCUCUUGUGGUGUACAGACAUUUGAACAUUCUACAAUUAGAAAAACAUGUUUUUUAGAAGCUCAUGAUGUUUAGGGAUACUAUUUCCUUUGCUUCCUCCAGGGUUUACAAGAUGCUUUUAACAGCAAAGCAACAAGUGCCAUAAAUGUAAUGAGGCAGGCAAACAGAAUAGCUUGUACAAGGUACAGAAAGUUAUUUCAGUUAAGUACCAGAAAGCAUCUUCAAAAUAUUAUUCAGAAAAAUAGAAAAUGUUAUUGCUGUGUCUCAAUACUGAAAAAUCAGAUAUACUGAUGACUGCUCUCUCAUUGUAUAGUGAUCUAAUUAUUAGUGUUUCCUGAUAGAAAAAUUCUGAGCAGGUUGGCUCAGCACUCCCAGAUUUGUAUCCUGCAGUAAGAGUAUGUGAUUCAAAGCCUUUUCAAAACAUGUCUUUCUGCUGACUUUAAUAGGAUUUGCAUCAGACCUUAAUAAAGUAGUGCAUUACUAUAGUACAUCUCUAUAGCAAAUCUCCAAAGAAUAUUGGUCGUGGUUGUAUUGUAUAAUGGAAACAAGUUCAGUGGCAUUUGCAGUUUAGUUCUAGUGUUUACUUUCCUGGAACAGCUUUUGGUUUUGAAUGAAUAUAUUAAUAGUUCCAUGAGAUGUUUUUAGAAAUUUAAUUUAAUUAUAGUACAAUAUUCUUCAUUAUACUAGGAAAAACAUAAUGUGGUUUGUAAGAGGGAGCGUAAUGUAUUUUAAUAGCUUUUUCAUGUUGUUUGAAUUCUGUAGUAACUUUCUGUUGUUUGUUCCCUUCUGUUUAAAGAAGAGGGGGGAUGCUGGCUGCGUAAACCUAGUGGUGGGCACAUAUUUUAUCCAUACAUUUUUAGUUGAUUCCUUUUUGUGUUACAGUCUCACAUGUCAUUUUAGGCUUUUCUACUGGAUGCACUUCUUCAUAGUUGGUGUUUCUGCUUGUAGAGCACUAUGUUUGUGUAACACUGUGGGAAUGCCAUGAUACAAAGCAAGUACAGGUGAGAUGAGUAACACAUGAGAAAGUAGUUUUAUAGCAUCAUGUAAAUGCCUUAUCUGCUUACCCUUAAACAAGGUGCAUAUGGCUUCCAGCACAUUGUAUAUAUUCUUAUUAUACUUUUUUUAUUCCGAUGGGCAAAUCUUGUAACUCAAAACAGUGGGUAAAACUAUUUUUUGUGAGAAUGUCAAGAAAUACUUAUUCUUGAUCUCUUGCUCAGAGGAGGAGGAUGAUCAGAAUGAAGUGACCUUCCUUCUCAUGCAGGGGCAUAUCCUUCUCUUCCUUUAAUUAUUAUUUAUUUUAGCAAAGAGACUUGUAUUAUUGACCAUAAAUUCUUUUGAAAUUUUGAUUCUUGACAAGGUUUUCUACAUACAUGGAAGCUUUAAAUGCCUGGCUUUGUAGAGUUACGAGGGAUGGCUUAUGGUUUAGCAGACAGUAAUAGAGAUUUAUGUACAUUCUUAGAUCUGUACUUUUUUAAAAUCGCUGUUAUUCAUUAAGACUUACCUCAGAGACAUGUUGCAGCUAAACCCCCACAGAAUUGUCUUAGUAAACUCUGUAUUGCAGCUCAAAUGUAAGUUUUCCUGCGUGUAUAAUGUGCAAGAGCUGCUGUGACAUGUUGUGUGUGUGUGUCCUCCAGGCUGCAUUUGUGCUACCUGAAGAGAAUUUACCAUGCAGCAGCUUAUCAGCCACACGCAGUAACUCUCAACUCAAAUCUGCCACCUUACUUGUUCAUAUAAUCAAUUAAAAUUACUGAUUUAUGUUAGAAAAGAUUUAGUACUUAGAAUUAGUCAUCAUAAUUUUAAUUUAAAUUGGUUUGUCAGGGAUUAGAGGAGCUUCUCUGUCCUGAGCAAGGAAAGUGUAGGAACGGUGACAAUUGUUGCCGAUAGUUGUUGAAAAAUGUGAGACCUGGUUAUUUUUUAAUUAAACCACCAUAUCUGUCUUUGUAUUCUACAACAGAUCAUGAAUUUACAAAUGGUAUUUAUAAUAUUUUACAUUCCGUUGUAUUCAUAUAACCAAAUAGGAUUACUGUCUUCCAUCCAAAGCAGCUGUUCUUCCGUUUUCAGGUUUCUGUACUAUCGUAUGUAAAAUCACUUACUCUAGUUAAGGAUUAGGAUUUAUUCUUAUUAAGGAUUCGGCACACCUGUGAUUGAGUUUCUGGGUUUAUCUUAGUUUCCUCUCAUAAUAUUAUGGGGGAUUUUGGUUAGGCUUUUUUGGAUCUAUUUUCUCCUCCUGUAGUUU